AUGAGAGAACUUCUAAAUCGUGUGCAAAUAGAUUAUACUUUAUUCACUACAGAUGGUGAAAUGAAAAUCAUACUCAAGUAUGCUGAAGAUGGAAGAAAAUUUACUAUUACUUAUAUAGGUUUUUUUCUGGUAUCAAUGCUUUUAUUUAUGAUUCCACCAUUGAGAACUAUUAGUAUGAUUAGCAUAAACGAUACCAUAGAACGACCAUUUGUUCAUCACGUUGAAUAUUUUGUUGACUCUCAAACAUUUUAUUGUCCUAUUAUAUUACACUCUUGCAUAGUUAUCUUUAUCUGUGUUUACGUAUUCUUUACCGUCGACACAAUGUUUGUGCUAUUGGUGCAACAUGCUUGUGCAUUGUUUAAAGCAUUAGGAUAUCGACUACACUAUAUAACCGAAAAUGAUGAUGAUAUUAUGAUGAUAGACUUGAAUCCUUCAAAAUCAAAUGAUAAAUUUUAUCAGAAUAUUUCCGAAUGCGUUCGUAGACAUCGAGAUGCAAUAGAGUUUGCCAAUCUUUUGGAAUCCUAUUAUUCUACGUCCCUUUUUCUCCAAACAGGAUUCAACAUGAUUGAAAUAAGUAUCACAGUCUUUCAGGCUACGAUAAAUGCGAAGGAAACUAAAGAGAUUUUUCAACAUGUGUCUAUUUGUUAUUCGACAUUAACUCACAUCUUGUUUCAAUGUGUAAACGGUCAACGUGUUAUUGAUCACAGUGAUCAAAUGAACGAGCAUCUAAUAAAUAUGAAGUGGUAUCAUACAUCAUUACGCACAAGAAAAGUGAUUUAUCUCAUGCUAAUUAGAUCACGAGAAUAUUGUGUGCUAACUGCUGCAAAAAUGUUUAACAUAUCUAUGGAAACAUUCAGUACUAUUGUACGCACGUCAAUAUCAUAUUUCACCGUUUUACGCUCGGCUUAAUAAUUUCGUAAAUGACACAUUGUUUAAUUUUUUAUGGAAUUUUAUGAUAAAUC